UGUUUGGUGCAGGGUGCGCAGUGUGGAGUGUGUGUGGAGAAGCAGUGGAGCAGCAAUCAUGGCAGCUGCCCUGCGCGGAGGGAGUUCCAAAGGGACGAGGAGAUUGUUUCAACUUUCACAGGCACACCCGGGUCGUAGCCAUCUGGCUGUGGGCGCGGCGUGGGCUUCAAAACAUGGCCCCGAUGAUCCGAGAGAUCCCAAGUUUGCCAAGUGGACCGAAAAGCCUCACAUAGAAACACCUAAAAAGCAUUCUUUAGAACUCUACUCUCGGGAGCCUGUAAAAGGGAAAGUGUUUGAAAAGCUGCCCUUCAGAGUGAAGCUUGAGGCUGGGAAGACCUAUUCUUUCUGCACAUGUGGAUACAGCAAACAACAGCCAUUCUGCGAUACUUCACAUAAAGCACCAAAUUUCAUUUCGACACGUCCACAUCAUAUCAGAUACAGACCGCUGCCUUUCAAGGUCGAUGAGACGAAAGAGUAUUGGCUUUGUAUGUGUAAGCAGAGCAACAAGCGUCCCUUCUGCGAUGGUUCCCACAAACGCCUCGAGAUACAAAAUGCUGUGCGUUCCUAAGAAUUUCAAAGAUGCAUUUUGUGACGCUGGUCAAGAUUAUUCUUUAAUUUUUAUCAAUAUUGAUCAGUAACACCUUCAACUGUUUUGAGAAUAUCCUCCUGCUAUUUGUAUUUUCUACAAACAGCAACUUGCAUUUUCCUGUGAGCCCUCCUUUUAGUUGUGAGUGUAUGGAGGAGCCCAAUUUGCUUAGAUUAUGAAUGAGCUUUAUGGAUUGUUUCCAUUGUUGAUAUUUUUCUAUUGUUGUCAUUACAUUACUAACAAGUGUAAAUAUUGUUAAUCAUAAUCAGUUUGUUGAAUCAUCUAAUUGGAAAAUGAACUGUUUCUACUUUCCUUCUAUGUUCAUUUAGAAAACUGAAAUUUUCUUCUGAUCUUGCAAGACUUUCAGUAUUUACAUUUGUCAUUUAAUGGUGCAAUUAAAUACAAUAUUCAGGUGACUUCAGGCUUUCAAAUGGGGGUAUAGAUAUCUUCACAGAAUGCUGUACAUAUUAUGUGGAGAGAAUUAAUCAUGCACUUAUCCUGAUCAAUGCAAGUUAGUGAUUUGUGUGACAGUAUCAAGAAGAAAAACAAAGCUGGUGCUGUGACCCAACUUACUACAAAGUCUGUCAAAUGUUAUUGACUUUUUUUUACGUAUAUAUAUAUUUCAUACAUGUCAUUAUAGUUCGUUGAUCUUCUUGUUCAAAAAGCCUUGAGUUGUAACGAUUAAAAAAAUAUACAAUAUGAGCUUGG